GGGAAUCUUGUAGUGUGUUUCAGUCCAUGGAACCUGUCUGGUUCUUUUAACAAUGAGGUCACGCUGGCUGUCGAACUUUCUUCAGAUGCUUCUGUGUGCCUGCAGUGUUUCUUUAUCUUCACAGUUCUCUCGGGAUAUGAAGUCUUUGGGUGGAGUAGUUCAUUGGCAAAGUCAACACCAAAUUGACCGACAUAAUCGUGACCAUGGAGGACCAGUGCAGAUAAAAGAAAUCGGUAGUGUAAGGGACAGAACAUGGACGACACACCAGGAGCAUUCAGAAGAUCUCAAAAAUGGAAAGGUCUUGAGAGUGAAACCGGCCCGGUGGACAAAAAGUCUAGAGAUGUCUAACUCGCAGCGUAGUAAUCCUGGACAUGAGAUGCCACAGAGACCACAGGAGGCGACUCGGUCAAAGCCACGCAUAUUUCAUUUCCCUUUGGUUGAAAGCUCUGGACAGAUUAUGCGACAGCGUCCAAUGGCGACAGGCCGCUCCAUGUUUAGUCUUCAUGACAUCCCAGACGGGAUAGUUGAACAGAGGCCACUGGACAUGGGCCUUCCGAUGCCUCCUCAUCACCCCCAUGAUCUGUUUGCUCAAAUCCCUGACCAGAUAGUUGAACAGAGGCCAUUGGACAUGAGUUUCAAAGAGCCCACCUUUGAGGGCCAUCGUGAAACGCCUGGCCUGGCCCACGAAACCCCACAGUGGCACCUCAGUGAUACUAAAGGCGUUUCAGGACCGACAACUCGCCAAACUCCACUGGGGUCUGUGGAGACUCCUCAGACAGCACAGCAGACUGUACUCCACCCACCACCCGUGCCACCAGAGUCAGUUAGCGCUGUGUGUGGGCAGAAAUCCCUUUACCUAACCGUGAUGAUGGACUUCCUGGGAACUGGGCACCUCGUUCAUCCUGCAGACCUCUCACUUGGUGGCUGUGCUCCAACUGGGCAGGACGAGUCCCUUAAAGAGCUUUUCUUUGAAACCCCUUUGCAUGAAUGUGGAGGAAGGACGCAGAUGUUUGAAGAUGUGAUCGUGUAUACGUUUUCCUUGACGUUCACACCGCAACCACUAGAGCACCUCCCAAUUGUGAGGCUGAAUGAUGUUACUGUUGAUAUUAAGUGCCGAUACUCUAGGGUUCACAACGUCAGCAGCCAUGUUUUAAGACCCACGUGGACUCCUUACAGAUCCUCCAAGCUCUCUCACAACACCAUGGACUUCGCUCUCAAACUAAUGACUGAGGAUUGGCAGUAUAAAAGGUCAUCAGCGAAAUACUUCCUGGGUGAAAUGAUCAACAUUGAGGCUUCAGUGCAAGUGCACAACCAUGUACCUAUGCGCAUCUUUGUGGAGGACUGCAUGGCAUCAGUUGGGCCAGAAAAGCAUCCUGGCACAAGCUAUGUUCUCAUCGAGAAACAUGGGUGUCUGUCUGACUCCAAAGUGAUGGCUUCUCGCUCCAAAUUCAUGCCGAGACAACAGGAUGACAAGUUGCAGUUCCAGAUUGAAGCCUUCCGAUUUGCUGAUGAAAGCCUUGAUUCAUUUUACAUCAAGUGCACUAUGAAAGCAGUUCCACUUGCUCGUGCUGCAGAGAGUGGACACAAAGCCUGCCACUAUAGCAUGGAAAACGACCGGUGGAACAGUGCUGAUGGCAAUGACCAAGCCUGCAGCUGCUGCAGCACAGAUCUGUGCCCUGUCAGGACGGCAAGAGCAACUAAAGAAGUGACGCACAAUCUGAUACUGGGGCCCAUUGCUGUUCCAUGAGGGGGGAGCGUAGAGGAACCAUCCUCUUUGGUUUAUUCUCAAAAAAGUCUCGUUAAACCCGAGAUAUGGGACUUUUUUUUGCUCAUAUUUGUUACAUUAAAUUGUUUCUUUGCCAAGUUCACAUCUGCAUAGCAUCAGUAAGCUGCUGUCAAUUGGAAUAAAAGAAUGAAGAGGCCUAGAGCAAAUUUAAUGUAUGUAAUGUUUUCCCAGUUUUAAAUUUUGGAAAGAAUAAAAUCUGAAUGUUUUGUAAAAUGA